GCAAACCCACACGGGUUUCAAGUUUAGGAUUUGAUGUUGUCACUGCCCACAGACGUUCGCUGGGACAACUUCGAGAGGCCAUGUGCUUGUCCCCUUUAGGAAGUGGGAGAAAUCCCUGCAGCUCGGUUUUGUUCCAAUGGUCUGUUCAAGCCUGGGAACCGUGUCUACGAAAAUGACAGCUAGAGCUUUCUGGCUCCUCUGUUUGAUCGUUGGAUCCUCUCCCGAAGCCCCAGUGGCGGAGAGAAAAGCAGUGAACGGAAUCGUGCAUGACGUGGACGUGCUCGGCACAGGGAUCCGGCUGGUGACUCUGCUGGUGGACCGGGAUGGGCUGUACAAGAUGAACCGCCUGUACAUCACCCCGGACGGGUUUUUCUUCCGAGUCCACAUACUAGUCCUAGACUCCUCCAGCUGCAAUAAGCCAUGCCCAGAGUUUAAACCUGGAAGCAGGUAUAUUGUGAUGGGCCAUAUCUACCACAAGAGACGCCAGCUCCCUACAGCUCUGCUCCAGGUCCUGAGAGGACGGCUCCGACCAGGAGAUGGAUUGCUCAUGAGUGGCAGCAGCUACGUGAAGAGAUUUAACCGAAAAAGGAAUGGGCAAGUUCAAAGUGCCGUUCACACCCAGUGCGUUUGAAAUGUACUACCCUCGCACUGCUGGGUUGUAAGACAUGUCGCAUUCAGCAACAAGACAGGAGAGGUCUGUCUUCACGGAAUGGGGUCUUCCUGUGGAGGAGGGCACACAGCUCCUUCUGGAAUGGAUUGUGUAGUUCCAACUCUAAUCUCG